AUGUCGAGCUCUCUGGCGGCGCAACUCGCACAGAGGACCACACUCGACUCCGUGCGAUUGCAGUCCGCAAAGUCGCUCAAGAACCCACCUUCGUUCAUCUUCUCGCCGCGCCAUGCGGCGUCCGUUUCGAACGCGGAUCUUCAUGCACUCGCUUCCAAUGCCUGGGACCAGCUGUCGAACCUCGACCCUUUCUUCGAACGCUACCAUGCUCGCAUCUUGGGGGAGGAAGCCAAGACGAUCGAUCGAAGCGCCUUGACCAAGGAGGACAACGAUCGGCUCGGCCAAGUGCUCGACAAGGUGCUCCGGGCCCUGGGGAAGCACAUGCUGCUCAAACCAGCUGGAGUCGUACUUGAAUGGCUCUUGCGCAGAUUCAGGUCAGUUCUGCUGUUCUGGUGGGCUCUGUCCGCUCAAGAAAGUCGUGGACGCGAAGUCUAACCCAUCUUCUCACCUACGCCGACCGCCGCUGACCGCCGUCGAUGUGUGACGCAUUCACUUCUCAUAGGGUCAAUGAUCUCAACACCGCGUCUUUGAUCGCCAUGUUCAUGCCGUACCACACCACCGCUCAUUUCCCGUCCGCUUUGAACCUCAUCGCCGAGCCGACCCUGCGAGAGGCCGCGCCGUUCUCGCUCUUGCUCGACGUCCGAGCCUCCUUGGCGCCCCUCGCCUUGCCCGACCUCAUCUCCCUCCUUCCUCCGUUCAACCCUCGUCCGACAGCGCGAGGCCUUCUCGACUUCUUGCUUCGACUGCCGCUCUCCCACCUCGAGGCCGACGAGAAAGUCCACCGAGCGUUGAUCGGCUUCUGGCUGCAAUUCGUAGCCGCUUACGUCGACCGCGCCGGCACGAAGCUUCCCGAGGGAGAACGUGCUGCCGUCCUGUCUACGAUUCUCGAGGUGCUGCGGUCGUCGAGGGAUCAUCCCGAUCUGUUGAUUGCGACCUACAUCUUGCUCGCCCGCUACGCGCUUCAUCUACCCUUCGAAGGCGAGACGCUGCGGGUGGUCGUCAAAACGAUCGUCAGCAACAAAACAAGGCGAGAUACCGGCGACGAAGAGACCGACGCGGCUUUCAUCACAACCCUCAUCGUUGUCACCCACCUUGGUCAGGGUCUGGUCGAUGUCGGCGAGGGCAAGAAGUUCCUCGGCGGUAGUGGCUGGAAGAGCUUGAUGAAGGUCGAACGUCUUUGCGAUCUGCUCAUUCAGCUAUGCAAUCAGUACGAUGCACAAAAGUUUAUGACGCCCUUCCUCAAUACGUUGGCGGCGCAGGCGUAAGUCUUGAUAGCUCUAAGCGCUUCCCCUGGGGGCUUGACUGAUCUAAAAACAUAAUUGACACAGUGUCGAGUCGGAGGCCGAAGCCGCCAUUCUGUCCAAGCUUUUGUUGCCGACUGGUGAAUCCGAGCAAACUUCGCCCACGGUACUCCCCGACACCAUCGUGACGCUUCUGGCACGAUCCGUUGUUUCCGCUGCACUGUGCGCGUCGUCAAGCCAAUCAACCCAACCUUUGGUGCGCGCACUUUCGCAAGUUCAUCAACGAUGGCCGUCGAUCUGGUCGAAGGAGCUCAGCGUGCGCACGAGCACCCUCCCGGCGAACGACAAGCCAAAGCUGUGGUCCCUGGUCAACGCCGUGCUCUCGGGCGGACGCACUGUUGCGAACGAUACGCAGUCGUCAAGCGUGUUCUUGGCCGCUUCCGAUCCCGAUGCAGCAGUGCGAGUCAAAGCUCUCAAUGAUGUGCUGCUGUCAGCGGAUAGUAUAGCGGCCUCGAAUCCCUCCUUUGUUCACGACACUUUGGUCGCACGGCUUUCGGAGUCGGAUGCUUCCGUCGUCUCCGCGGUCUUGGCUCCUUCCGCCCUCUCGAUCCUUAACAACUACGUGGGUGGCGUCGAUCAACUGCAAGCACUUAAAAUGAGCCUCGGUGCAACUGCACCCAUCGCUUCUGUCAAGCUCGUCCUGGCCUACCUCGCCGAUCAUUUCGUCGUUCAGUUUCCCGAGCUCGCCGACCGCGUGGUUCGGGAAGUGUUUUGGGGCCGCCUCCUGAGCGCCAAAGCAGAUCACGCCCAGCGAGUCGUGGCAUGGGUUGCACUUACAGGCUCUAAACUCGAGACGGCUUCCGCUUGGUUGAACGGCGUAGGAUCCUCGUUUGACCUCAAGCUCGAUCCCAGCAAUAACGGCUUUGCCGCGGGUGCUACUCGUGCCAACGAAGCCGUGGUCGACACCUUAGCGCGCAAUAUUGCUGGCUUGGCUCGAGAGCACUACGAGGUUGCACAAGACUACCUUCUGUCGAGUGUCACUCCUAUCGCGCAAGCCGGUGAGACAUCUCUGCCAGAGGCCAGCUCUCACUUGCUGUCCAGUCUCGUCUCCGCUCGCAUUGCGGGCAUCAUUGAGCCAAAGCUGCGUAGUCGCUUCGCUCUCCACGUCUUCGGUCGCAUCACCGAGACUGCCUUCGGAAUCGACUCAUUCGAGAACGGUCAGGUCGAGCUUGUAGCCAACCUUGCCAACGGCCUGCCAGCGGCGGCGGUAGCGGAUGCUGUCGUGUCCCGCCCUAACCAGCACUACACUUUGCGAUGGGUACGGACAGUGCUCCUCCUGAGUGUAGUGGAAACAGUACGGAGUGAUGAGAGGAUACGGUGGAAUUGGCUCGCUCCCCAAGACGGCGACCACGACUCGGAUCUGCAGGACUUCGUUCUUGCGGUCUACCAACUCGCCCACGCUCAAUCGGCGACGAAGUCCGCUCCUUCGACACUUGCAAGCUCCCUGCUCCGAUCGCUAUUUGGUCACAUGGUGGUCGUUGACGUCCUUGCGUUCCUGGCAUCGAUCUUCACCUCAAGCACUGUGCCUCUCGAGCUGCGUGUCAUCGCCUUGCGGGAUGCGGCUGUGUAUGUGCAGGCCCAAGCCUCGCCCGAUCUGCGCAAACCUGUCGAUUGGCAAGUCGUCGUUCCAGCUAUCGUCUUGGCACUAACUUCGCCUGAUCGUCGCGUCCGAGUUGAAGCCAUGGAUCUGGUCUCGGCUGUGCUGCAGGCCAUGCCCAUGUCGACAGCUCACAUUUACGGUCGCGAGAAGUUUUACGGAGCUUUCUCAAGCUCGGUCUUGCAAUACCUCGACGUCGCCGAUACCACCGAAUAUCUGACCAAGAUCGCGGCUGCGAAGACUGAGAUCUUGAUGGACGGAUCCUACCUUAUCUCGAUCCACGAGUCCUUACUGGAUGCCCCGUCGAGCAAAUCAUCGGCUAGUCAUCCUAGCCCGUCCAAGAAGAAGACGACGCUGAAAGUCAAAGUCGCGACGUUCCUGCUGUCCCAUGCGUUGGCGUGGAGGAGUGAUUUGGUGACUCGCUUCACGUUCUUGCGCAUAUUGUCGCGGGUCCGAGACUCGUUCAAAGCCAAUUUGGUCUUGCCUAUCUUGCGUCAAGUCAUAACCGAGUACACAGCCGAGGAACGGUUCAACCUUUCCAAGGACGUGGAUUCGAACGUUGUCGUCCAACUCAGCCGCGAACUGCUGCAACCUUUCGACGACGCGAGCAAGAAGUGGAUCGAAUCGAGCGCGGACAAUCAGGCCUUCGAGACCUUGGUCAAGUUGAUGAGCCUCGAGGAACUCUUCGGGAUCGGCGGCGCUCUGCGCGAGCAGGCAUUCACGAUCCUUGGCGCAUCUCUCUUCUCCGUGGUCCGGGGCGAGGACAGGCUCGACGUGUUCAAACGGCUCAUUCGUCUUGGUGUUCAUCAGGAUGCGCGGCUCGCGGCGGCCCCAUUGGCGGCGGUGCGCGCCAUAAAAAUUGAUGCUGGAACGGUCACUUUGGUCCUCAACGAGCUCAAGUUGUUCUUGGCGUCCCCGGUCAGCAAAGGCGCAAAACGAGGACGCACCUCGUUGGGCAACUCGUCUGUCACCGCAGGCAGCAGGACCGACCGCGUCCCGGAGCUGGUGGUUAUACUCGAGUCGGUGGACUUCGCGAAAUUGGAACCCAUCCCCAACCUUCUGUUGGCGCUGUUCGAUCUCCUUUCCAGCAUGAUUGAGGUCCCCGCCCCCGCUCAGGUCGAUGUGCAAUACCCGGGCCAACUUGUGCUCUCAAGUCUGUCUGCUCUGGUGUCGCAUGUCGAUCCCAACGCGAACACGAUCAUCACCGACUCGAUUCGGAUGUCACCUGUGCUCGACCUCAUGCGCACUUCGACGAACCCGCAGACGUAUCACCAAGCAUUGCUCUUGCUCGCCCAGCUCGGCCCGCUCGUACCAGAUCAACUCGUUCACCACGUCAUGCCCAUCUUUACGUUUGUCGGCGCGAACGUGAUCCAGCGGGACGACGCUUACAGCUUGCGCGUCGUUGAUCAAACGCUAGAGAGCAUUAUCCCGGCCCUAGUCAAGUCGACGAAGCGCAAGUCUGGGGACCGCGAGGCGCUUGUGGCGAACCUCAAAGAUCUCUUGCAAGUGUUUGCGGAUGCUGCCGAGCACAUGCCUCGGCAUCGACGCAUCAAGUGAGUACCAUUUCUUCGCUCAGCUCUCCAUUUCAUUCUCAGUGUUAACCACAAGCAUAUGUGUUGCCUUCUUCCAGGCUAAUCGUGCGACUCGUCGAGACGCUUGGCUCCCAAGAUUUCCUGUCGGCCAUGGCCAUGUUGCUCGCCGAGCGCGAUAUCAAGACCGCCGACGGCAGCCCGUUGUCUUCGUUGGUGCUCGAGCACUUCUCGAUCGAGGUCCAACUAGCGGCUUUCCAUCAGAUCGUGGCCGAAGUUGGACAUUUGCUCGAAGGCGAGCCAUCUUUCUUGGAUGCGCGCGCAGCGUAAGUUCCUGUGUUCCUGUGACGCUGGAACGACGGUCUACGACCAGGAAGCUUACUCGAGAUUUCUGGGAUCUGCUUCACAGCACCGUGGAAAUGGAGAGUGAGGCCAACAACGCUAUGGCACUGCAAAUUGAUCGACAACUGUCGCUUCUCGCAUCCGCGCUCGAAUCGCGACAGCUACUUGGCAAGGUCGAUGCGGCUCGUGCUGCCGGUUUGGAAGAUGUCGACUCCAGCUUGACUAGUCUUAUACGGGCCCUGUUGAAUUUGGUGCCACCGCCGACUUCGACCUUGCCGCAGACUGCGAAGUCUGAGCUAGUGGCUGUGACGAACUCGUGCAUCCGGUCGACGGUCCACCUCAUGUCGACGAGCUCAUUUUCGGAGGCGAUUCUUUGGCUGCUCGAUCAGUCCGACGCAACGAUCCAGCCCCGCGCAUUCGGUCUCUUGCGCACCCGCUUGCCCAAGAUCAAGCCCGCCAGGCGGGCCGAGAUCUCACCGGCGGUGGUGUGUGUCGUAGACCGGGCGCACACACUGCUGUCCGAAACGACCGAGAACCGCGACGGGGCGCUCGAGACGUUGCUCAUCAUCGCAUCAUCGGUUUAUCCCGACGAAGACACCGCCUUGGCCAAGGUUGUUCCGUACCUCAUCGCAGUGGCAUCAUCGGCAGAGAACGAUGUCGCUACUCGGGUGCUGGCAAUCAACAUCGUCACGAAGCUCACGAGCCGUCUCGGUCCUCGUCUCAUCCCUCUUGUCGCCAAGAUCGUGCCUUUCGCCAUCGACACGCUCCACUCGGUCGCCAAGCAGCCCGCCGGCUUGUCGGCUAUUGCGGCUCCGAUUUUCGAGACACUUGAGGGCCUCUUCUCCUCCAUCCCCAACUUCAUCGGCGCGCAUACCGACAAGGUGUUACAGCUCACUCUCUCGCCAGACGUGCUCGUGCUCGCCGGAACCAAGGGGACGGCGGUCAGCAAAGCCCGCGCAGCACUCCUUUCCACCGCCGCAAAGAGGCUUCCUGCCAAGGUCCUGUAUCCCUCUAUCAUUCGUAUGCAUGCCUCGCUAGGAUCGAGUCCCACUGCUUCAGGCGUCCUCGGUCUGCUUGACGUUCUCAAUCGCGCUUUGCGAUAUGGCAAGGUUGCAGACAUUGCAGGGGCCUACCGGUCCAUUUUCAAGCUCUUCCUUGCCAUCUUUGAUCUUCGUCGACUCCAGGCUUCGUCGCUCCUCAUCGAAGACCUUGAUCGCAUCGAAGACACCGGACUGGGCGCUUUCGUGCAGUUCAUCCUCAAACUCAACGAGCAGACGUUCCGACCCCUGUUCCUACGCACCUACGAUUGGGCUGCGAUCGAUCUCGUGGAACAAGGCGAGGUUGCGCUCAACCCUCGUCGCAUCGUGCUUUACAAGUUGAUGGAUCGACUUUUGACGCAGCUGCGCAGCAUCGUCGUGCCUUACUUCUCGUUCAUGCUCGACCAAACCACCGAGCUGCUUGUGGCGUUCGCCCGAGGCGACAAUCAAGAUGUCGCACUUUGGACUGCUGUGACGUCGGCUCUGACCAAAUCGAUCGACUACGACGAAGGCAGUAAGUUCCGCUUUGUUGAAUCAUGUACCGUAGAUCAGGUGGAAAGACAGCUGGACUCGAUUGACUCCUCUCUACUCGGCUUUCUCGCAGACUUCUGGACGCCCCUGCGGUUGGGCAAACUAUCGACUCCUGUUGCGGACCAGGUGCUCGUUUCUCGCCAAGUGCUGCCACCUGGCCUCGUCAAGUCGCAUUACGAGCCUCUGCUGUCGCAGUACUCGUUGCGACUCGUGGCCCACGAGCGCUUGCUCAAGCAAUUCAACAUGUCGUUACUAAUGCAUACCCGCUCGGAUGAUCUGCGUGUCAAGCGAGCGGCCGUCGAAGCUCUCGAACAGGUCUGGGUCGCGCUCGGGGACGGCAUGCUCGGCUUCGUCCCCGAAACUACACCAUUCCUGAGCGAGACACUCGAGGAAAGCGAAGGCGGGGUCGAAAGGGCGACACGAUCGUUGAUCACGAGGAUCGAAGAACACUUGGGCGAACCCCUUGAUAGCUUUUUGGACGCGUAA